CUCCGUCCCGGUUGCCUGGUGAUGGGGAAGCCGUGUCGGGUCUGCGGCCUGUUUCCCGCACGUUUCCGGACGCCGGGCUUCGCUGAGAUAUGAAGGGGGACGCUGCUCAGGACAGUGCCGAGAAUUCGAGGCCUCCCGCACUUCCCCAGCGGCACUAAGCAGCCAUGGAGCGGUACCUGGCCAUCGGGAUUGUGGGCAAAGGCAGCUACGGGGAGGUGCAGCUGGUCAGACACGGCAGCGAAGGGAAACAGUAUGUUAUAAAGAAGUUGAAUCUAAGAAAUGUUUCCAGUCGUGAGCGCAAGGCAGCAGAACAAGAAGCCCAGCUUUUAUCCCAGUUGCGACAUCCCAACAUUGUUACUUACAGAGAGUCAUGGGAAGGAGAUGAUGGAUUUCUAUACAUUGUGAUGGGUUACUGUGAAGGUGGAGAUUUGUACCACAAGCUGAAGGAACAGAAGGGCAAAUUGCUUCCAGAAAGUCAGAUCGUGGAGUGGUUUGUCCAGAUUGCUAUGGCUUUACAGUAUUUACAUGAAAAACAUAUCCUGCACAGAGAUCUUAAAACUCAAAACAUCUUCCUAACAAAAACAAAUAUCAUUAAAGUUGGAGAUCUGGGUAUAGCCAGAGUGUUGGAGAGCCAGCAUGAUAUGGCCAGUACCUUGAUUGGGACACCUUAUUACAUGAGUCCUGAACUCUUCUGUAAUAAACCAUACAACCAUAAGGAACUGAAAAUCACUUCUUCAAGCCAGUUCACACCAUUUGGCCUUGAAGCCAGCAAAGACCUUAUAGAGUAA